CGCUCUUCUGAUGACACUCAACUAGCAGCUCACACUACUAACUCACCACAGUCAGUAUAGAAACACAGAAUGGAGUAUUUCAACAGAUUCACAGCUCCUGCUACAGAUAAACUUAGGCAGCUACAAAAAAUGGUUCAAGACAUAAAAAAGAACGACGACAGCCUUUUCAACAGACUAAAAAGGUUUCAGAACGAACAAACAGCUAAUAUUCUCGAAACUGGGAGAAAUACGCUGAACCGAAUAAAGAAGAAAAGACCUCCGACAGUACCAGUGCGAGACUAUCAAGGCGAAGCUCCGGAUUCUGAGAAAGACUCUGAUUCAGAUUUUGACAGCGAUACGUAUGAGGACCCUCAGGGUGAUCAUGACGAUAACUACGAACCUCCGCCGAGGCUUGAAGGACACAUGAAGGCCUUUACGAUCAGCCCGUCCAUCACCAACCCCAGAGGAGAGUAUGACAGCGAUACGUACGAGGACCCUCAGGGUGAUCAUGACGAUAACUACGAACCUCCGCCGAGGCUUGAAGGACACAUGAAGGCCUUUACGAUCAGCCCGUCCAUCACCAACCCCAGAGGAGAGUAUGAGAAUUCUCAGUCUAAGACAAGGAGUAACACGACUCUACAACCCAACACACAUAUGGCGCUACCUAAAGCCAGUCCACGAAUGAACAUCAGAAUGCCAACAAUAACUCCACAGGAACCACAGUCAGAGGACGAGUAUGAGGUGUGUGACGCAGACGAUAGUGUCAGUGAAGGGCCAGAGGAGGCCACAGAGGCCCGGAGACCAUCAAUGCCCACACCGCGACCUAGAGACCUGAAGAAACCUAAUCCUGCUUUGACACCGAAACCAAACAUUGCUCACAGAGACAGUGAAGCCACAUCUAUUAAAACAACACCAGUAACUAUAUCACGAAGCCCACCAGACACCAUGCCGAGCCCGAUGCCAACAGGGUUCCAUCGAGCCAAAUAUAUGCCUCCGCCUCGACAGCUUCCCUCCCAAAGCAGAGGGACGUUGCCUUCAGAGAGCAGAUCAGCUAGAGAUGCUGAAGAGGAAGCUGGUGUGUAUAAAAAGGUUUGGUAUGCCAGCAGCUGUGACCGCAAGACAGCAGAGGACGCUCUCCUACGCUCAGCUAAGCGUUUCAGCAGCGUCUCAGACAUCAUUGAGAACCACCAGAAGAAUCCUCUAGUGCUGGUCGACUCACAAAGCAACACCAAAGACUCCACCAAACUCAGACACGCAGUCAAGCCAUGAGACAGCCUUUGAAACAGCGUGAAACUCAAGACAUUCAUGACAAAUAUAACUGCAUUGAGAGGGUGCUGACGGUCAUUCAACUGUGUGGUAGUUUCACAUCUUACCUUCAGAGAUGAUGGAAACAGAUCUAUGCUUGCAAAGCUGGGACUUGCUGCUACUUUUAUAACUUAUUUUGCAGACUGACAGGUUAAGGGGGCUGUUCGCACAGGACGCGUUCUUGUGUUUGAAAACAGCAGCGAGACGCACUAUGCUUAUUUUGACGCGGCGCAACGUGAAGAAAAGUCUUUUAAAAAUACAUUGCAGGAGAACACAUUUUGUGCAAACUGUCCCAAAAAACAGAGAGAACAGCAGUGUUGUAUAAGAUACGCACAUAUGGUACAGCUGUACAGUUUAUAUAUGUUUA